UUAAGUAAAAGAAAUAAAUAAAAUAAACAAACAUCAUCUUCAUUUCUAAGACACCAUCAUCUUCAGCAGUUACGUUCUUUCACCAUCGAGCUUCCAUGGCGUUUAUUUUCAGAGCAUGAAGAAAUAACAACAAAAACAUAAAUUAAGGCUCGGAAUCAACACAUGUGACUGUAGUUCUGGAUGAAAAGCCUUUAUCACCCAUUUGUUGUGUAGCUCCAAGAUUGUUCAGUAUAUUCUUGUUCUUUGGCUGUUGUGUGGUGUUGGAAGAGAUGACCCCAGUUUGCCCAUUUGUCAAAGUUGCUCGUCCUGAUGAUGCCUCUUCAAAAAGAAGUGGUGAAAAUCAAUGUAAACAUGCUUCAGAACAUGAGAGUAAAGCUAAAAAUGAGUCUGUUGCUCCUGGCGUAAUUGAGCCCAAGUGUCCUCUUGGAUAUGAUUCUCAUUCGUUUAAGAUUGGCCCUCUCAGCUGUGUGCUAUGCAAAGCCCUUUUGUUUGAAAGCAGCAAAUGCGUGCCAUGCUCCCACAAAUUCUGCAAGGCAUGCAUUUCACGCUUUAAGGACUGUCCAUUAUGCGGAGCUGAUAUUGAGAAGAUUGAAUCUGAUGAAGAAAUUCAACAGCUUGUUGAUAGGUUCAUUGAUGGUCAUGCCAGAAUUAAGAGGUCUCCUGCCAGUACAGAUGCCGGAGAGGAAGUUAGCAAAAAUAAACCUGUCAUUUAUGAAGAUGUCUCACUAGAGAGAGGUGCUUUUCUGGUUCAACAAGCUAUGAGGGCAUUUCGUGCCCAGAAUGUGGAAAGUGCCAAAUCCAGGCUCUCACUUUGUGCUGUCGAUAUCAGGGAACAAUUAAAGGAAGCUGGUAACAAGCCUGAGUUGUGCUCACAACUUGGGGCGGUGCUGGGAAUGCUGGGAGAUUGUUGUCGUGCAAUGGGAGAUGCUGGAUCUGCCGUGAGCUACUUUGAAGAAAGUGUUGAAUUUUUGUCACAAGCGCCCCCCGAGGAUAUGGAGAUUAUACACACUCUUUCGGUUUCACUGAAUAAAAUUGGAGAUUUGAAGUACUAUGAUGGAGAUCUGCAAGCUUCAAGAACUUAUUACCUUCGAUCUUUGGAUGUUCGUCGUAAUGCCAUGAAAAGUCAUUGUGAUUCUGCUUCUCUGACUUUAGAUGUAGCAGUUUCUUUAGCAAAAGUGGCUGAUAUUGACAGAGGGCUUGGUAACAAGGAGAGAGCUAUUGCUGGCUUUCGUGAAGGUGUAAAUAUGUUAAAAUCCUUGAAGAUAGACUCUAGUCAAGUAGCACUUGAACAAAGGCGCCAAUCAGUGUUGGAAUUCCUCAAUAGCCAAAUUACAGAAAAACAACCUGAUCAGACCAAUUAGAAGUCAGCUGCUUUUGGAUGAAAGAUGUGACACAUACCUCUGUGUGAUUCUACUUGGACACAUACCUCAGUUUUUAAAUAGUGACCCUGCUAUCUUGAAUUUCUGGAUCCGCUACUGCUUGGGUAGUUAUUAUAUGUAUAAUAGAAGCUACUGUUUGUACGUCAUGGAGAUGGAGAAUCUGCAGUUGGAGGUACCCUUGGUAGAACUAUUUGGAAGCUCAGAAACUUGAAGAGGCUAUGCAAACAAACAACCCUUAUAACCUAGUUGUUGUGGGUACGUUAUUUGCUGUUUUUGUGAUUCUGUAUCCUGGAAAAUAUGUUACAUUUUCUCUCAAAUUGUCACGAUUGUAAAGAAAACCACGUUCCUGUACUGAUGACCUUUAUGUUGUAACAUACCAGUGUCCGAAACUCUUGAAAGUAUCUUCAUCCUGUGAUUUCUCAAUAUAAUGCCAUCUUCAUAUUCAGGCUUCA